UCAGCUCGUUACUACAAGGGAGUGGGAAUUAAACGCAGAUGACAAAAUUCGGCAAAAUAAACGGAAACAUGUCAACAUACGGCAGUAGUUUCCAAUAUUCAGUGUUGCCGAAUGGAAAGCGUUUUCGAAGAGAUUCACAACCAAUAGAAUGUCUUCAGGUAAUGGAGACCACCGUUAAUGAUGUAAUUCCUGAAGACAGCUGUAACGGAACGACUUACCGUCAAAGUCCUUCUAUGUUGAAGUAUCUGCUUACAUGUACCCCUGACGAAGAGCUACCAACUACAAGCAUGGAAUGUAGCGCCGGGAAUAUCCGUAUGGAGGAAAACGCAAAUAGCCCGGAAAUGUUCGUAUGUGAAACUAAGAGAAAGAGAUCACCAUUUCGUGACCCAGAAAACAUUCUGCUUGAACUUGAUGAUGCUGUCGAAGAUAAACUGAAAAUUUUGAUUGCUAAGAGUCACGAUUCAAGCAAGACCGACAAAUCGGGAUUUCCUUCUGAUGGAAGCUCGAGCGGUUACAUAACAGCAGACUCUACAUCAUCCAAUGAACAAACAACAAAUACCAAGAAAAUGGAGGAGCUACAAAGAACACAGAACUUUAUGACAGAACAGAACAAGGUUAUGAGAAACUACAGACAUUGGGGAUCAACGUAAACAUUUUUGGACUUCCGGCAUAUAUUGUGCAUCUGGUUUGAAAAAAUAAUAAACGAAAA